CGGGGAGUGGGCAGGGCGCGGGGGCCACGUGCGGGGGCGGGCCAUGGCCGAGGGCGCCCCGGGGCCGCGGGGUCCCGACCUCCGGGCGGGGGGCGCAUCCUCGGCGAAGGCGACGAUCCCACUCCGCUCCCCCCGCGCCUCCCUCCCCCGGGACGCUCCGGUCGAGGGCUCAGACGGCGACUCCGACACCCCCACCUCAAGCGUGACCCCCAGCGAGGAGGAGGAGGAGGAAGAGGAGGAGGAAGGCCAUCAGUGGAAGGUGGGUGACGCCUGCAGCACCCCCUGGUCGGGGGACGGGCGGCUGUACCCCGCUCACCUGCGGGCGCUGGACCCCGCCACCGGCACGUGUUUGGUGGAGUUUGACGGCUACGGCAACACCGAGGAGCGGGCACUGGCCGAUCUCCUGCCCCCCCGCCCUGGGGCCUGGGGGGGGAGCGACACCCCAGGGGGCGAGGGUCCCCCCUCAUCGUGGGAGCCGCGCCCGGGCGCCAGGAGGAGGAGGAAGGGCGAGCGGGUGCCUUACUCCCCUCAGCCCCCUGAGGUGAUGCCCCCCCCGUGGCCCCCGGCCCCGCCGCACGCCUUGCGGGAGGAAGAGGAGGAGGAAGAUGCCUUGGCCGCGAUGCUGAUGGCCUGGUACAUGAGCGGGUACCACACCGGCUUCUAUGUGGGCCUCCGGGAAGGCCGAGCGGAGGCUCCCAAGCCCCCCCCGAAGCCAGGCCGCAGGCAGAAACAGCCCCCACAGAGCUAGGAGGAAGGCAGCUGGACCCAGCCCCACCUCGCCACACUCCGGCUCCUCCCUCACCUGUGGAGGGGUGUUGUCCCCCCCCCCGGGGGGGUCCUGGCUGCAGGAUUGGGGGGACCAGCCUUUCUCCACCCUGGCUGGCUCUGCAUCAGAGCCCUGGCCUGGGGAGGGGGAGCGGGCUGCAGCACCCUUUCUGUCCCGCCCCCCGUCUGUCCCCUCCUUUGGAAUAAAGCUGUUUGUGAGAUC